AACAAUUUUCCGAUUCUCACAGAAAUGGCUUCCUCCUCUUCCUCGCGGUACGUUCCUCCGCCGUUGAAAGACGGAGAGUCGAGAAACUGGGCGGAGCUUCCGCCGGAGUUAACAUCUUCGAUUCUGCUCCGUCUCAGCACGAUUGAGAUACUGAAAAACGCUCAGAGAGUAUGCAGAUCGUGGCGACGCGUCUGCAAAGAUCCAUCGAUGUGGCGCAAAAUCGACAUGAGAAACAACGGAAUGUUUGGUUAUGACUACGAUAGGAUGUGUCGUCACGCCGUUGAUCUCAGCGAAGGCGGUUUGGUCGAAAUCAACAUGGUACACUUCGGCAACGAUUCUCUCUACUCCUACAUCGCCGACGGAUCAAGUAAUCUGAGAUGCCUUAGACUUGCUAUGUGCUAUCCACUAACAUGCAAGGGAUUUGUCAGCGCAGUGAUGAAACUCCCAUUACUUGAAGACCUCGAGAUUUCACAUGGCUAUGCACAACUGGAUUUGAAAGCUAUAGGCCAGUCUUGCCCAUUACUGAAGACAUUCAAGCUAAACCGCCCUUCUUUCAGCCGGUACGUUAAAUAUGAUGAUGAAGCUCUAGCAAUUGCUGAAACCAUGUCCGGAUUACGCCACCUCGAGCUUUUUGGGAACGGACUAACCAAUUCAGGAUUGGAAGCCAUUCUGGACAACUGUCUUCACUUGGAACAUCUUGAUUUACGCCGCUGCUUCAACAUUGACCUUGUCGGGGAUCUCGAGAAGCGCUGUUCUGAGAGGAUCCGAGAUUUGAGACGCCCUGAAGACUCAACCGCUGAUUCCCCAUUUGAUGCCACUUCCGACAUUGAUUCAGCAGAAGAAGACGACUCUUUCUCAGAUGAUAGCGAUGACAUUGCGUACAGCGUACUACGCCAAUGAUUAUUCUGACAUAUGUAACCCUUAUUAUAACUAGAUAAGGAUACAUUGUCUGAUCAUUUUGAAGAAUGCAAUGACAAUAUCAGUGGUGACUGGUAAUGAACUCGAUUAUGUUCUCUUUUCGGCAAGUCCGUUGUUUCAGCUGACUUGUGUCCCUCUUUGCAUUUGUAAAGUUUUUGAGAAGAACAGAUUUUAACAUGUCUUUGCAAUGAAAGUCACAAAGUUUA